AUGGCAGGCCAACCAUGCAAGCUUGUGGCUCAGGUGGCGUUUAAGGCCGGAGGCGAUGUGUUUCAUCAUCUGAUGUCGAAAAAUCCCAAACACUUCGCCAAAGUCUGCCCUUCCAAGGAGAAUGGGAAAGAGCAAAGAUCAAAACAAGUUAUAGAAGUAAAUGAUGAGAAGAAACAAGUAAAAUUCAAAGUGAUUGAAGGAGAUGUUUUGGAGCUUUACAAAAACAUGGUGAUAAGCUAUGAUGUUGAGACCAAAGGAGGCAUAGAUUUCGUAACUCGGACUAUAGAGUAUGAGCUGCUCAAACCAGAUAAUCCACCUCCAGUAGGGCUCUUGAAUUUAGGACUUGAAUUAUCUAAACAAGUGGAGGUUCAUAUUUUUGGAUAA